UGGAGCCAAGACGAUGAAGUCGAUUGCUGUUUGUCUUGUGGCGCUGGCUUUGCUCAGCAGCUUUUCUAAUGCUCAACCACAGUAUGGAAAACCUUCAUACCCUUCGGCACCUGACAAAAGACCACCUCAAGCACCUCAAGAGUACCAACAGCAAAAGCAGACAUUUGAAAAAGAUCUAACCUGGAAAUAUCCUGCACCUCCUCAGCCUGAUCCCAAGAUUGAUGUGCCAUUCGAGCUGAGACAUCCUGUUCCUGCUGCAACUGUUGCUGUUGAGUGCAGGGAGGAUAUAGCUCAUGUGGAAGUCAAGAAGGACUUGUUUGGGAUCGGCCAGUUCGUAAAUCCAAAUGACCUCACUCUUGGAACCUGCGGUGCUGUCGGGGAGGAUUCUGCCGCUCAAGUCUUGAUUUAUGAAGCUUUCCUGCAUGACUGUGGGAGCACAUUAAUGAUGACUAAUGAAGCCCUCAUCUACACCAUGGUUCUGAACUAUAACCCAAAACCUAUAGGAGGUUCUAAUGUGGUGAGGACCAGCCAAGCAGCUGUUAUUGUGGAAUGCCACUACCCAAGAAAGCAUAAUGUGAGCAGCCUCCCUCUUGAUCCUCUCUAUGUCCCAUUCUCUGCUGUAAAGAUGGCAGAGGAGUUCCUGUACUUCUCUCUGAGACUCAUGACAGAUGACUGGAUGUAUGAGAGGCCAAGCUAUCAGUAUUUCCUUGGAGACUUGAUACGUAUCGAGGCUGCCGUCAAGCAAUACUUCCACGUGCCCCUCCGCGUUUAUGUGGACAGCUGUGUGGCGACUCUUUCACCUGACGCCAAUUCCAACCCCAGAUAUGCCUUUAUCGAGAACCAUGGAUGUAUGCUUGAUGGUAGAAUCACAGGCUCUGAUUCAAAGUUCAUGGCUCGAAGUGAAGAAAACAAGCUUCAGUUCCAGCUGGAGGCCUUUAGGUUCCAGGGUGCAGACAGUGGAUUGCUCUACAUCACCUGCCACUUGAAGGCAACAUCUACUUCAUAUGUUUAUGACAGUGAACACAGAGCUUGUUCUUAUCUUAACGGAUGGAAAGAGGCCAGUGGAGCUAAUGGAGCUUGUGGCUCUUGUGAAUCGAUUGGAAUUGAACCUUAUUCUGCUCCAGACUUUGUCCCUGCUUCUCCACCUGUUUCUCCUGGAGGAGGAGGAGGAGCAGGAGGAGUAGGAGGAGGAGGAGCUGGUGGUGUUGGGGGUGUUGGUAAAGGUGGAUACUCUAGUAACCCAAGGAAAUUGCGUGAUGUGAGCAAAAUUGAAGUUUUGGAAUGGGAAGGUGAUGUCACUAUGGGUCCCAUCCCCGUUGCAGAGAGAGUCUGACAGACAAAGGUUUAACAUAAUAUCCUGCUGUGGCCAUGGGCGCAGAAUAAACAUUAUCAUUGGUUCAUAACUCUCUGUGCCUUAUUAUAUAGCAGUCCUGCUUAAACAAACAGUAAAACCCACUUUAUCUGGUUAAAUCCUACAAAACCAAGCUGAACAACAUACUUAAAGGAAGAAUUCAGAGGUAUCUAAGAGCAAAGUGUAACUCAUUUAACAUUUCACUCUGUGGAAUGAUAAUGUUGCCUCUGGAC